UGUUACUUUGCUAAAGUUUCUAUUCCUAAUGGCAAAUGAAGAAUGUAUUAAUACACAAUGGAGCAGCACCAAACAUUCGUCAACAAUACGAAACAGGAAAGCCUGUCUCGACUCAGAAAAUACAGAGAGCUUCCAAAUGUCAUCCACUCCUCUGCCAAAGGACGAAAACACACAAAACGUUGGACACCCAGCGGAGGAUGACGAUAAGUCCUCAGAUCGAAGAUCUGUCCGGUUUUCAGAGACGGGGAUUUCGAUCCCCAGAAAUGAGUCCCGAAGCACAGGCCUUUUUCUAUUAGUGGCAGUCAUUUCAUUCUCCACUCGCAUCUACAAGAUCAUGGAGCCCCCACAUGUGUGCUGGGAUGAGACCCACUUUGGAAAGAUGGGGAGUUACUACAUCAACAGAACUUUCUUUUUCGAUGUACAUCCGCCUCUGGGGAAAAUGGUGAUAGGUCUAGCUGGGUAUAUGACGGGCUAUGAUGGCACCUUUCCCUUCAUGAAGCCAGGAGACAAGUAUGAACUUCACAGCUAUGGGGGGAUGAGAGGGUUCUGUGCAGCACUUGGCUCCUGUCUUCCAAUCUUUGCCUACCUCAUAGUGCUGGAGUUGUCUCAGUCCUGCACUGCUGCCCUUAUCACCGCUGCUCUACUCAUAUUUGACACUGGCUGCAUCACCAUUUCUCAGUACAUCCUGUUGGACCCGAUCCUCAUGUUCUUUAUAAUGGGAGCAGUGCUGAGCAUGGUCAAGUUCAAUCAGCAACAGUACAGACCUUUUAGUGCAGCCUGGUGGUUGUGGUUGGUACUGACUGGCAUGAACCUUGCUGGGGCAUUGGGGGUGAAGUUUGUGGGGCUGUUUGUUAUCCUGCUGGUGGGACUGAACACUGUCUGGGACCUCUGGAGACUCCUGGGAGACCUGGAUAUCUCACUGAUUGACAUCGUGAAGCACCUCCUGGCCCGGGUGGUUGGACUCAUCCUGCUCCCGCUGUUCCUCUAUGUUACAGUAUUUGCACUCCAUUUUGUCAUUUUGAACAAAAGCGGUCCAGGUGACGGCUUCUUCAGCUCUGCCUUUCAGUCCCGUCUAAUAGGAAACAAUCUGCACAACGCAUCAAUGCCUCAGUACCUGGCGUAUGGUUCCACCAUCACUGUAAAAAACCUACGCAUCGCUGGAGGCUACCUGCACUCUCACUGGCACCUGUUCCCAGAGGGAGUGGGGGCCAAGCAGCAGCAAGUGACAGCUUACCUCCAUAAAGACUACAACAACUUGUGGGUGGUACGAAGACAUGAUCACAGUGAUGCCCCAUCUGAGGCCCCUGAUCUUGUCCACCAUGGUGACAUCAUUCGAUUGGAGCACAAAGAGACAACUCGAAACCUUCAUAGCCACCUUCACGAGGCACCUCUUACCAAGAAACACUUCCAGGUUACAGGCUAUGGCAUUAAUGGCACAGGUGACUCAAAUGACCUGUGGCAGGUGGAGGUGUGUGGAGGUCAUAAGGGAGACCCGGUGAAAGUGCUGCGCAGUAAAGUGCGCUUUCUGCACAGAGCUACUGGUUGUGUGCUGUACUCUUCUGGCAAGACUCUUCCCAAGUGGGGCUGGGAGCAGGUGGAGGUGACCUGUAGUCCUUACCUGAAGGAAACACCAAACUCUCAGUGGAAUAUUGAAGAUCACAUCAAUCCCAAAUUGCCCAAUAUUAGCCUGUCAGUGCUGAAGCCCCAUUUUCUGGAGAUAUUACUAGAGUCCCAUAUUGUCAUGAUCAGGGGUAACAGCGGUUUGAAGCCCAAAGAUAAUGAGAUGAACUCAAAACCCUGGCAUUGGCCCAUCAACUAUCAGGGGUUGAGAUUCUCUGGAGUAAAUGAAACUGAAUAUCGUGUUUAUUUGCUGGGCAAUCCUGUGGUGUGGUGGCUUAACCUGGCUAGUUUGGGGUUGUAUGUGGUAAUGGUGGCAGUUGCAUCUGUAGCCCUCCAAAGAGGUGUCCUGCUGGACCAAAAAAGAAGAGAGCAGUGUCAGGUGCUUAGGAGAGGCGGAGGGCUGCUUCUUUUGGGUUGGUUGCUGCACUAUGCACCAUUUUUCACUAUGGGCCGGAUUCUGUACUACCACCAUUACUUCCCGGCCAUGCUCUUCAACAGCAUGCUAACAGGAAUCACAUUGGACACACUACUUCAAAGUGCUGACUUGUUGCUCCGCCCACCUUAUUCUGAUUGGCUGCUAAGACUCGGAAACAUGGUACUCGUUCUCAGCAUCCUUUACAGUUUCUACCUAUUCCAUCCACUCUCCUAUGGCAUGAGGGGCCCUCUGGCUCAUGAUCCUUCCAGCUCCAUGGCUGGCCUGAAAUGGAUGGAUUCAUGGGAGUUCUAGCCAGCUUUAGUUAAAGAGGACUCAGUCGAUGUAAUGAAUAAUAACUGUUUUAGAUAUUAGGUUCUAUAUCAGAUGUGUUUUUCACACACUUACGUAUGUUACGAUAGUGUUUACAUCUAAAUAUUUUCCAUAAAGCAUACACCAGUCAAGAGUCGCUACUUGUGCAUCAUCUACUUUUCUAAUGUCUCCAUAUUUCUUAUUAUUUUUGUUCAUCGUGGUUAGAUGAGACACACUUGACCCAGUGCAAUAUUAAGAGCCAGAGAGUCUUGCAGAGUAUUUCAAAAUUCAGAUUUACAUCACCAAUCAUCACCGAACUGCCUUAACAUCUAUUACACUCUUGACUUCGGUUGCAAUAAUAAGCUAAAGUGCCUGAAGGGAGUGAAUGAUAUCCAAAUUCCCACUUUGCACUUCUCUGCUCUACAUUUUUAAUCACAACAGUCAAUCAAUCAAUCAUCGAAUCACAACAGUCAUUGUUACAUUAUCAUAUUGUUGCUAUAUAAGACUUUGAUAUUUCAGUUCUCAGUUGUCUAGCUCUUACUGCCUGGUAUUUUUGUAUUGUACUAGCCAUAAGUGCUGUCCAGUACAGUUGGGAUUUUCUUUAUUACUAAAGGACUCCUAUUGAAUUUCAAUGUGAUGUGCAUAUUUUAUCCUGAACAAUAAAAG